GCUGCACACAGAGGCUGCCUGGAGUUGGACUCGGCCUGGCUCAAGGUAACAGCACGUGCUUGACUCGGCUCUCCCCCGCAAAGGUGGCCUUGGGCUUUUGGUUCUUGGGAAAGGUACCCCGCUCUUGUCAUCUGUUUUGUCAUUAAUACAACGUUGAAUUGAACAGAAAGUCAUGGAGGCUGAAGGAGACAAGGAGUUACGACUGCCUACCUCAAAUGAUGAGCAAGAUAUGCCAGUGUCCAGGAAGGUAAAACAGGAGCCUCUUCUUACCCAGCCACCUGGAAAGGAGUGUCCUGGAAACAACAGCUUAGGAGGUAAAUGGAGUGAGCAGCUUGCCUCAGCACAUCCCACAGAUGACACAAGAAUUGAAUUUGACAUUGAGAUAGACCAAAAGCACAAGCAUACAAAAGACAGUGUUUAUAAAGUAUAUGGGCAAGUCCAUGACAGCGUGUAUACUGCUCUGAUGACAUCAGAUGCUGUCAAGAAUGAACUGAAUAAACGACCAAAUGAAGAGAUGAUAGUGUAUAUAAGUGGAAAUAAUAAGAGAUAUGUGAAUGUUGAGAUGCCCCUGAAGUGUCUGCCGAAAAAUUCUCAUCUUCAUAUGACAUUUAUCAAAGGUAAAACGAGUAAGAACAAUUUCCAACAAUAUGACAAAAUUGACCAAAAAUAUUUCACAUUUUACAUUUCUGUGGUAGGGAGAGAAAGAAAAAAAAUCGUUAAAUCCAAUUAUCUUCACAAAAACGGUGGCAUUCUUUGGGUCUGUGGCAUUAAAGGACAAGUUCUGGGUGAUAUCCUGUGCAAUGAUGGCAGAUUUCUUGACUGGGUGAAUGAAGAUAACUGGAUCCUAGUCAAAGACAAGAUCAAAUAUGAGAAAACUACUCCAGUGGAAAAAGUAGCAGACCAAGAAUUUGAGGUGAUUGUGCAUAAAAAGCAAUGUCCUAUGGGGCAGGGACAGAAGCAUAACAAAAUGACCUUGCAACAAAACUCCAAGCCGAAGGAACAGAUAGAUUACCUUGUUACCACCCAGAAAGGUGAACAAUUGGUCACUGUUGAUAGCAAUUUUACAAAGCCAGAGGUGGUAAAGGGAGCCAGGAAACUGAUUCUUUCAGGAUCUAAGCCAAAGAAAAGCAAGUUCUAUGUUUCUGAAAAGAUCAUCAUAGAAAUCAGAAAGGAAGAAUCUUUGAUCAAGAAUUUCUUUGAAGAAGAGUCGAAAAGAACUGGAAAAGGGGGCAUUGAGCUAUUUAACCUACAUAGAGAAGAAUUUGGUAAAGUAAUUGAGGAUGCCAUGACAUCCAAAACCUUUAAGACACUUGCUACUUUAGUUGACUCUAUUGGGUAUAUACAUGUGACCAGCAAUGAAAGUUGCUGUGGUACUUGCUUUGUCUUCUGGGACAAGUACAUUCUUACUUGUCGACAUGUACUAAACAAUAUAAUUAAAGGAGUAAAAGAAGAAGAUCUGGCACAGAAAAUUAGUGAAAGUUUAUUUGUGACUUUCACUGAUGAAAACCCUAAAAAUUCUCUAAAAAGAUUUGUCAUUGAGCCCUGGUUUGAAGUUUCAAGUGAACAUCUUGAUUACGCGGUCCUAAAACUGAAGUUCCCAGAAGGGAGUCCCCUGAAGGAAAAUGAAAUUCCUCAGGGUUUGUUUAAGCAGAAGCAGAGCACUGAACUACCCUGUAAUGGCACAGUUUUUAUUAUUGGACACCCAGAGGGAGAGGUGAAGAAAAUUGACACCUGUAGGGUGAUCCCUAUAGCAGAGAAGGCACAGAAUUGUCUGACAGUUCUCCAGGAUAGGCAGAAGGCAAAAUGCAAUACUAAAAAUUGCUCUAGAGGAAAAGAGCGAUGUAUCCACAUGUUCUCCCUAGGCAGCUUCAAGGACACCCCGAUAGAAAUGGAAGACUGCUUGACCUACCACACCAGUUUCUUCUUUGGAUCCUCUGGCUCCCCAGUCCUCGAUACAUCUGGACGAUUGGUUGCCUUGCAUACUGCUGGCUUCUCAUACAGUUAUCAGGGUCAGAAACAGAGUGUCAUUGAGUUUGGCUUUUCUAUCAAUUCCAUUCUCAAUGAUAUGGUGCAGAAUCAUAAAAGUUGGUAUAAUUCAGUAUUUCCAUACCAACAGGAUGUAGAAAUGGUGAAUGCUGAUGAUUGAGCACAAAGUCUCAUCUCCAAAGAACUUGCCUCCAGGGCUUACUAUUCUUUGAAGAAGGAGGUCAAUGGGUUUCCAAGAUUGAAAUCCGGGACUCUCUGCCCUGGUAUUGAUCACCAUUUUUCCGUGACUUCCCAUCUUCAUGACCACACAUUGUCUCCUAAGUCCUGCAUAAAGAAUCAAUAACUGACAUUUAUAUAGUGCCUUAAGGUUUACAAAAUCCCUUAUAAAUAGUAUUUCAUUUGAGCCUCACAACCCUCUGGUGGGGGUAUCCAUAAAACUAAGGCUAGAAAAGGUUGUGUACCUGCCCCAGGUUACAGACUAGUUAUGGUUAGAGAUUGAGGAUGAAAACCCAGUUUUCCUGACUCCAAGCCAAUCACUUCCCUCCCCCAGGCCCCCGCUUCAUGCUGCUUCUCUAGUUCUGAAACAGCAAGUGAAGAGGAGAAAGUCACCCUACAGGUGACUCUGGUGCCCUAGUGGUGUCAAAAGCUGAAGAAGACUCACAGCCCACUGGAUGGACUUGUUAUGGGGAGUCCAUAGGAUGAUGGAGACCAGCUAUGUGAGGAAUGAGUAGGUGUGACUGGCUUAUGGUCUAGACCACUGGAGGGAAAUAACCCCAUUAUCAAGCCCACAGAUCCCCUUCACCCCAAGAUCUGAACUACUGAAAUAUCUCUGGGAUAUCGUACCUUGUGGCACUCUUACAUUUAAUUUUUUACCCAGUUCAAUUCCUUUUACUGUCAUAAGUAUCUUCACUUCACUACUGCUAGCCUAGAAGUCAUCUUUGUCAAUGGAUCAAUAACAAUAAAAAACAAUAUAAUUCAA